CAGGAAAGUGGCGAUGGCAACGACGGGCCCCAGCGCGGACGCUCUUAAUGAAAUGGGAAGCAACCUCACGUUCUCGGACCUCCUCGACAUCUCAAGCGGCGGUAUCUCAUACAACGAUGACCCCUUCCUCGACGAUCCCAUUGUCGUCGAGGUUAAGCCGCCUCCGCCGCCCUCACAAGCCAAGUCGCAGGUGACGCGACCGCAUGUGCUUAAGCGAAAGCCCAGCAUCAGCUUCCAAAAGCGGAGAUCGCAAAACCUCGACUUCUACCCUCGGCCACCCGAAGACAAGAUCGACAUGGCCGCCGUGAACAACCAAGUCGAGGACUUCAUGCAAGACUUCUACUCUCCCCGCGCCUCAAAGGAGCCGACGACCACGACGUUUGUGACACCCACAGCGAAAGCCGAGACGAUUCGAGGCCUUGGUCUCGACCUCUCGAUGCCUCCAGUGCUUCUCGUUCCGACGGAAAUUCCGGAGCCGAUCCCGUACACGCCCCUCAAACAGGAAGAAGACGACAUGGAGCCGAACCCAAUUCCGGAGCUUCUCCCUAUUAUGGCGCCGCCGAACCACGGCCACCGCCACAUGUACAACAACUCGGUCGACCUCUCGCACCUCUCGUCCAACUUUGCGCAGAUGCUUCAGCAACCCAACCCGGGCUUUUUUCCAGGCUCGCCUCUUGCGGGUGGCACUCCCCUGGGCUUCCCUCCGACGUCACCGGUGCACAACCCGAUGGCCAUGGGAUCGAUGUCACCACUCCAAAUGGGCAUGUCCAUGGCGCCUCCCCCAAUGUACAACUUAUACCCGGGCAUGAUGUACCCUGGUGGCGACAUGGGUCACAUGCAGCCACCGAUGCCCGCGAGCCCGGCCUUGAGCUCAGGUUUGUCCUCAACUUUUGAGGCCGUUAACAUCCGAUCGGUGCCCAACUCGCCCAGCAGCAGCACAGCCGAUGGCAGCGAGCGUCGGGAAAAACGGGAGUACAAGUGCCGGCAGUGCGGGCAACCCAAGAGCGGGCACAUUUGCACGUCAAUCAAGAGCAUGAUGGACUCGUCGUGCCAGAGCGAGACGUCGUCGUCGAACACAAACGAAUGGCGUAUACUCACGGUCAAGUCGAAAUGGGUUGCGCAGCACCCGGGCCACGACGCAUAGAAAUCGCUCACUCCCGGCAUACAAGAUCUUUCAUUGUGAUUAGAGUGGUAGCGGACUAUUAUAUAUACACGUGAUUCGUGCAAAUCAAACCCUGGUUGGAUAUGGCU